GGGGCGGGGCGUCGGGAGCGCGGCCUUAGUCGGCGGUCUCCCUCGAGGACGACCACUCUAGCAGCGCCGGCCCCUCGGUCCUGGCGGGAAGGAGGGCAGGGGAAACCCAGGAAGCCACACUCCCUCGGCGGGGUCCUCGCCCGUCGUCGCCGCCACCGCCUCGCCUCGCGGGCGCGGGGCCGUUUCCCGCCACCGGCUGUCGGUGCGGCCGCGAGGGGGCGCGUCAGGGCUGGCGCACCAUGGCGCUCAGGGGCGGCUUCCUGGGCCUGUUGGCCUGGCUCCUGCUCCUGCAGCCACGGCUUGGCGAGGCCCGCUCGGCCUCCGCGCCCUCCUACCCCUCCGACCCUUCCGACCCCUCCGACCCCUCGGAGUCCCCUCUGCCCACCGACAAGAUGCUGCUGACCCCGCCCGUGGCCACGGGGCCCACAGUUAUGGUGGUUAGUUCAGGUGACGGUGAUUCCUCCAGGACGACUGAAUUCCCAUCAGCAUGUGGCCACAGGUCUAUGAGGAUAGUUGGUGGAAGGCCAGCCGUGCGGACAAGGUGGCCCUGGCAGGUGAGCCUGCAGAUCAAUAAUCAACACAUAUGCGGAGGCUCCCUCAUCUCCAAUCAGUUCGUGCUUACUGCAGCCCACUGCAUAUUUGGCCAUCUGGAAUACACAGUGAAGCUGGGGGACAAAGACCUGAAACAUCAAGCCCCAACGUCAGUCGAGAUCCCAGUCAAAGACAUUGUCAUCCACCAGUAUUACUCUCCUCUUGGAAUCAUCGAACAUGACAUUGCACUUGCUAUGCUGGCCUUCCCUGUGAAUUACUCCACACACAUUCAGCCUGUAUGCAUCCCUGGAAAGUCUUUCUUGGUAGAAUCUGAUACCUUGUGCUGGGUCACCGGAUGGGGCAAGCUAAGCGAGCUAGAUACAGAAAGGGCAUCAGAAGAGCUUCAGGAGGCUGAGCUAAACAUUAUUCGUCACCAGAAAUGUAAUGAGUUGCUUCAGAAAAGGACAAAAACUAAAGUUCAAUUUACCAAGGAAGGGACGGUCUGUGGCUAUAAUGAUGAAGGAAAGGACUCCUGCCAGGGAGACUCUGGGGGCCCCCUAGUCUGUGAAUAUAAUACAACAUGGAUCCAGGUGGGAAUUGUGAGCUGGGGCAUUGGCUGUGGUCGCCUUGGCUAUCCUGGUAUAUAUACAGAAGUUAGUUUCUACAGGGACUGGAUAGUUACUCUAAUGAACCGGGCUUCCUGUCUGGACUCAGCAAACUUCCUCAUGUUAAGCCUGUGUGUAGUCAUCCCGGUGACCCCGUGAUUACCCUGGCCCACUCCCCUCCUGUUUCUGAGUCUCCCACUAGGCCUCUCCUCUGACCUCUCUUUCCUUCUCAAUGCCCUUUCUUCAAAUUCUGGUUGGGAUUCAUCGCCCCUGAGGAGAUCCACAUGGAGCACAGCAGGGAGACUGGGGCCUAUGAAGUGUCCCAGCUGGUGCUCUGCUCAUCUGCCUCAGCCAUCCUGUGCCUGCUGGGAAUAUGGGUGAACUGAUUCUAGCUAGAGGGCCAGCAGACCUGCCAUUGGGAGCGUGGUGACUUAGGGACACCUUGCAGAACAUCUGCCAAAGGAGAGAAUUCAUUAUGGUGAAGGAAGGCCGAACCUGGCCCUAGUUUCAGGGUCUCCCUGGGACUUUGUCAUACCAACCUGCAAGGUGAUUGCAGAGGCAGUGAAGGAGGCCCUAGCAGGUCCCUGCAGAGGUGUGAGGCCUGGGACUUUAGCAUCUGGCUUGGUGCCUGGAGUUGGCACAGGUUUCCCUGUACCCAGUGUGGCUCUGUGAGUGGGUAGCCUGUGGCACACAGGCCCCACGGGGCACCCCAGACUGGCACCUCUUCCUCAGGGCCCUAGUGGCUGCAUUGGGGGACACUCCAAGUUGUGUUGAGGCAGUUUUGAGUGUGGAGAUUUCAGAUGUGAACUGAAUAAAUGUUUGUUGGAGAGUUU